GCGCGCGGCGCGCGUUCCCCAUGGUUCGCGGCGCUACCUCUGCACCGAGGGAGAGCGGGCCGAUGAGACCGCGGCUUGUCGGUGCCCUGUAGAGGUCUCGCCAGAGAGAGACGCGCGGCCCUCGCCGAGCCCCCGGCCGGCAGCUGGGCGAGGCCGCGGGGAGGUGAGCCCCGCGGCUCCGAGAGGGGCGGCGGCGAGAGGAGCCCCGGGGGCCGUGGAGGCCGAAGUUCUCGGUGUGGGCUGCACGGAUUGGCUUUGGAUUUCCACGGGGGAUAGUCUGAGGAAACGGUUUGUACUGUUCAUCUCCUCGUCGAAGGAAGGUGCAAUGGCGAGAAAUUUGUCUAUCAUCUUGAUCCUGACCUUUGCCCUAUCAGUUACAAAUACUAGAACCAGAACUGCUUUCCCUCAGACCACUGAGAAAAUUAUUACAACUUGGGACUCCAGCAUUAAUGUUGACUUGGCAUAUACCACACAGCAACAUCAUCUACAGCAACUUUUCCAUCGCUAUGGUGAAAACAAUUCCUUGUCAGUUGAAGGGUUCAGAAAAUUGCUUCAGAAUAUAGGUCUAGAUAAGAUUAAAAGAAUCCAUAUACACCAUGACCAUCACUCGGACCAUGAACAUCACUCUCACCAUAAUCAUGCUACUUCCAGUAAAAAUAAUCGGAAAGCUGUUUGCCCAGAUCAUGACUCUGAUAGUUCCAGUAAAGAUCCUAGAAACAGUCAGGGGAAAGGAUCUCACCGAUCAGAACAUGCCAAUGGCAGAAGGAAUGUUUUAAUCAAAGAUGGCGUUGGUGCUAGUGAAGUGACCUCAACUGUAUAUAAUGCUGUCUCAGAAGGAACACACUUUCUGGAGACAAUUGAAACUCCAAAACCUGGAAAACUUCCCAAAGAUGUGAGCAGUUCUACUCCCCCCAGUAUCACAGAAAAAAACCGGGUGAUUCGACUGGCUAGUAAGAAAACAAAUGAAUCUAUGAAUGAACCCCCAAAAGGCUUUUUGUAUUCCAGAAACACAAAUGAAAAUACUCAGGAGUGUUUCAAUGCCUCAAAGCUGCUUACAUCUCAUGGCAUGGGCAUCCAUGUUCCACUGAAUGCGAUAGAGUUCAACUAUCUCUGCCCAGCAAUCAUCAAUCAAAUUGAUGCUAGAUCGUGUCUGAUUCAUACGACGAGUGAAAAGAAAGCUGAAAUCCCACCAAAGACCUAUUCUUUACAAAUAGCUUGGGUUGGUGGCUUUAUAGCUAUUUCCAUCAUCAGUUUCCUGUCUUUGCUGGGUGUUAUCUUAGUGCCUCUCAUGAAUCGAGUAUUUUUCAAAUUUCUCCUAAGUUUCCUUGUGGCACUGGCUGUUGGAACGUUGAGUGGUGAUGCUUUUUUACACCUUCUUCCACAUUCUCAUGCAAGUCAUCACCAUAGUCAUAGCCAUGAAGAACCAGCAAUAGAAAUGAAGAGAGGGCCACUUUUCAGUCAUCUGUCAUCUCAAAACAUAGAAGAAAGCACCUAUUUUGAUUCUACAUGGAAGGGUCUUACAGCUCUAGGAGGCUUGUACUUCAUGUUUCUUGUUGAACAUCUACUUACAUUGAUCAAGCAGUUUAAAGAUAAGAAGAAAAAGAAUCAGAAAAAACCUGAAAAUGAUGAUGAUGUGGAAAUAAAGAAGCAAUUGUCCAAAUAUGAAUCGCAACUUUCAACAAAUGAGGAGAAAGUGGAAGCAGAUGAUCGACAAGAAGGCUAUUUGCGAUCAGAGUCACAAGAGCCCUCCCACUUUGAUUCUCAACAGCCAGCAAUCUUGGAAGAAGAAGAGGUUAUGAUAGCUCAUGCUCAUCCACAAGAAGUCUACAAUGAAUAUGUACCCAGAGGGUGCAAGAAUAAAUGCCAUUCACAUUUCCAUGAUACACUUGGCCAGUCAGACGAUCUCAUUCACCACCACCAUGACUACCAUCAUAUUCUCCAUCACCACCAUCACCAAAACCACCACCCCCAUAGUCACAGUCAGCGCUACUCUCGGGAGGAGCUAAAAGAUGCUGGCAUUGCUACGUUGGCCUGGAUGGUGAUAAUGGGCGAUGGCCUGCACAAUUUCAGUGAUGGCCUAGCAAUUGGUGCUGCUUUUACUGAAGGCUUAUCAAGUGGUUUAAGUACUUCUGUUGCUGUGUUUUGUCACGAGUUGCCUCAUGAAUUAGGUGACUUUGCUGUUUUACUAAAAGCUGGCAUGACUGUUAAGCAGGCUGUUCUUUAUAAUGCUUUGUCAGCCAUGUUAGCAUAUCUUGGAAUGGCAACAGGAAUCUUCAUUGGCCAUUAUGCUGAAAAUGUUUCUAUGUGGAUUUUUGCACUUACCGCUGGCUUGUUCAUGUAUGUUGCUCUGGUUGAUAUGGUACCUGAGAUGCUGCACAAUGAUGCUAGUGACCAUGGAUGUAGCCGCUGGGGAUAUUUUUUUUUACAGAAUGCUGGGAUACUUUUGGGUUUUGGAAUUAUGUUGCUUAUUUCCAUAUUUGAACAUAGAAUUGUGUUUCGUAUAAAUUUCUAAUUAGGGUGUAGCUGCUAGAGUGCUUGAAACAUUGCUGUCUAUAGUUUGAAUAGGUCAUAGGGAGAUGAGAGUUUCUAUGCUGUGAUAUGCAGCAUUUAAGGUUAGUGAAUUUUGUGAUUUUUUUGUAUUGAAUAUUGCCAUUUGUUAUGCUUAUAAGUUCAGAUAUGGUGGUAACAAAGGUACGUUUUAAUAUUUAAGUUAUUCUAUUUUGGGAAUAUAAGCUAUAUGUGCAAUUUACCAAUAUAAUCAGUUUAUCGUAUAAACAAGAGAUUUGGCAUGAUAUGUUCUGUAUAUUUCAGGAAAAGUCUUUAAUGCUUUUUAGAACUAAUGUAAUACAGCAAUUCCCAUGCUGGAUUUUAGGCCUCUGAAGAGCUGCUGGUGCUUAGGAGUAAGAAUAUGCAUGAAGCGAAAGAUACCAAUAAAACUUACACUGAAUUUAAUCUAAUGAAUGAGAAAAAAAAGAAGACUCGAUAAGAACAGAGAAGGCAUAGAUUUCAUAUUAUAAAAAAUCACAAAACUGGUUAAAUUUAGGGGAAAAUUAGAUUUUAAUGAAAGAAAAGGCAAUAUUAGUAUAGAGAUCAUUCAUAAACAUUUUUGUCAGACUAUUAAUGUCCCUGAAAAACCACAGCAAGCACUUUUUACUAAUUUAGUUGUACAUUUAACUUUGUAUAAUAGAUAAGUCUCUAUUUAAUGAAUUCAAGCAAUAUAUCAUUUGACCAAGAAUUUGCAAUUUUAAAAUAUUUGUGUGGAGAUAAACACCAGAUGAGUAUGAGUAAGUUUAUGUAUUGCCAGAAGUUCUGUAUCACCAGAAGUUCUAUGAUUAGAGAUUCUGGUUAUCUAGUUUAUCAAACGUUAGCAUAUUAGAAUUUGGAGAGAGAUAAUAACAUUAAAAACCAUACUGAGUAUAAUUUCAUUUCAUGCAUUCAGAAAGUACUCUGCUAUCUUUCAGUGCUUCAGUGUUGUCACUAUGAUCAGUUGUCAUUUUUAUAUGUAGUACUUUAAACAUACUAAGACUGUCUGUGGCAUUCUAUAGAUGUUGCUUUUCUACCAAAUAAAUUCCCCAUGUCAGCUUGAUAACAGAUGUCUGAUUUUUUUUUUUUA